AUGAGUGAUUUCAAGGUUGUUGCCUACAAUAUUUUCGAAGGAGGGAUUGACACUUCUGAAUCUAACCGACUCAAUGCGAUUGCUGCUUAUUUGAAAAGUCAAAAUCCAACAGCAGUUAUUCUCACUGAGUUAAAUCAUUUUGAUAGUUUACAGUUUUCAAAUUUUGCCACACAAUGGAAUCAUUCUUACAGUGUCUUUCUCAACGCAUCGACCGGUUUUCAUCUGGGUAUUUCGUCAUCAUUUCCAUUGUUUGAACUUGCUCAAAUCAGACAUGGUAUGCAUCAUGGUGCUCUGCUAGUUCAUGUAAAUCUAGAUAAUCAAACAAAGAUUGGUUUGGUAGGCACACAUUUGAAUCCACACUCAGCAAAUGCACGAACGAUGGAAGCGAAACUGAUUGUUGAUCAACUUGAAAAACAGGAUUCGAAGGAUUGGAUCAUCGGUGGAGAUCUUAAUUCAUUAUCAGAAUCCGACUCUGCACAUUAUCAACAAAUACAGAAGUUUACGACUACUGACAAGUUAAAAGCAAAGUUUUUAACUUCUGACGGUAACUCAAUAGAUUACACAACGAUUCAGCACUUCAUUCAGCAAGGGUACAUGGAUACUCUUCAAAAAUCAAGUACAUUCCAGUCAAGUGUUCCGACAAAAUUAGAUAUAGAUCCGAUGCAUGCUCUAUCAAUGAGAUUGGAUUAUAUAUUAGCAACGACGAACUUAACGGACAAAUUGACAGAAGCAAGCGUGUUAAAAAAUGAACAAACUGAAUUUCUUUCUGAUCAUUAUCCUGUGAUGGCUUCCUUUCGCAUGUAA